UACAAGACUAUUUCUUUUUUAAUUUGCUUUUGUGUACUUUUGUUGUUUCUGUUUAACAUUGACGCUGGAGAGUGUUGGAUUAAUUGGAUAUAAAUAAUUCAGAAUGGCGGAUUCUGUGAAAAGUAACAUAGCCCUCAGCCUGUCAUACAUUCGAGACCCCAAGGCCAAAGUGCGGGAGCUAUGUACAUACGCUGGCCAGGUGGAGGUAGAGCCAUCAGUUCCAGCAAGGCGAUACCUAAGAUCGGGACUGGAGAUGCUCAGGAUGGCUAAAGUGUACAAAGAUGAAGGGGAGUAUGAAAGUGCAUUCAUACUCUACAUGAAGUUUAUCACAUUGUUCGUAGAGAAGCUUCCCAGACACCCAGGCUACAAGGAUGCGCCACCAAAAGAUGUGGCAAACAUAAAACAAAAAGUGAAGGCAGUCUUUCCAGUUGCCGAAGAAAUUAAAGCAAAGCUGACAGCGCAUUUUACUGCGAUUGAAAAGAAAAGACAAGAAGAGGAGAGGAGAGAGGCCGAGGAACUAGCAAGAGAACAAGAAAGACUUCGUCAGGAGGAAGAGGCUAGGAGAAGAGAGGAGGAGGAGAGAAGCAAAAAACUGCGCGAACAAUCGGAGGAACUAUGGUUACGAGAACAGGAAGAGAAAUUUCGUCAACUUCAGGAGAGGGAAAAAGAGAAACAGAGCGAUAAAGAUCGUGCAGACCCCAAUAUUUUACUUGUCGAUGUUCCUUGUCCAAAUCGACCGUCGUCUGGUUUAAACAAUGAAAGAGGAAGCAUGCCUUCUGGGAGUUUAAGUUUCAUACCAAAUGAUUUACGUCAGGGCCAAAGACCGAAGUUGGAAAAGAAUUUGUCUCUUGAUUACACAUCAAAUAUUCCUGAUAGAGAGUUGAAAAGGACUUUGACCAUUAGUGAUGUCCCAAGGCCUGAUGUAGACCGUACAACCAAACCGGUGGACCAUUUCUUGAGUACAGGGGUGUCUGGAACCAACAAAUAUGGUCUGAAGAAUGUGGUCAUCCCACGGGAUAUUGUUGUCAAGUUUAUGAGCAUCGCUGAACAAAACACCAGGAGAAAUAUUGAAACUUGCGGGAUCCUAUCAGGCAAAAUGGAACGUGGGUCGUUUUUCAUCACACAUGUGUUGGUGCCGAAGCAGACGGGAACUCCAGACAGCUGCAAUGCGGAGAAUGAGGAAGAUCUAUUUGACUUUCAGGAUUCCAACGACCUUAUCUCUCUCGGGUGGAUACAUACCCACCCAACUCAGACAGCGUUUCUGUCAAGCGUGGAUCUACACACCCACUAUCCAUACCAGCAACUGAUGCCAGAGGCCGUCGCUAUUGUAGUAUCUCCAAAAUUUAAUGAAACAGGGGUUUUCAUGCUAACCCCGGACCAUGGUCUCCCAGAAGUGGCCCGAUGUACAAAAAGAGGCCAUCACGAACAUACCAAACACCCACCAGUGUUUGAGGCCUCCACCCAUGCGAAGUUUGUUGACGACAAAAGUAUUAUUCUGGUGGAUCUACGCAACAAAUGAAUCCCAGCCAACUAGCUUGAGAGCUGCUUUCUUGGAGAGCGUUAUUUUGAAUGCUGCUUUCUUGGAGAGCAUUAUCUUGGAGAGCAUUAUUUUGAAUGCUGCUUUCUUGGAGAGCAUAAACAUUAUUUAAAGUUGAACCUUGUUUUAGAAAGCUGGGCAUUUUCACUGGUCUUUGUAACAAAGGGUACACAUGUAUAAAAAUUGAUGUAUUAUCAUGGCCUUUAUGUUGUUUUUAUAAAAGAUGUCACAUGAACUUUUGUUUAUACAAGUCAAUAAUUUGAGAUAAUUUGACAUUGUUCUGUAUAAAAGGCAUAAUUUCUGUAUAUUUGGAAAAGAACCAAGCUUGCAUAACCAUAUUGGAUGAUGCAGUUUUGGCUGUUAAGAAAUACAUGUACAUUUGGACAAGGAUCAAGCUAGUGUAACCUUAUAUGAUGAGCAGGACCUUCGAGAGUUAAAGAUAGCAAAAUGGUGAACUUAAGUUAGUCUAACCUUAAAUUAUAUACAUGUUGCAGUCAUCAAAAUAUGUCUUUUGGAUUAGCAAGCCCAAGUCCUUAUACUUGCUAAUCAAGUUUUCAGCUGGGCCCGUAUUUACUAACGCCCUUAGUCGGAGUUUGAGACUUUGGCUCAGAAAAACUAAAUUUUAAUUUUGUUGUAAAAAUUAUAUUACAGGAUCAAAAUAAUAUUGUCAAAUUUGCGUAUUUAUUACAAAUGAUCUGUUCUACAAUCAGGUGCUCAUCUUUUGUCAAAAUUAGUUAUAUUAUAGAUAUUUUGAAACAUUUAAGAAUCUAGUUUUCUGAGCCAGAGUAUAAUGAAGUAAGUGAAUACAGCUCAGGGCCCCAGGGCUUGUGCUAAUUUCGACCAAUGAUGUUGCUUCGAUCUUUUGUCUAUGUGCAAUAUUGAUGACUACUUGUAUUCGCUAGUCAAUACACAAUAUUUACACCUCAACUUUCAUUCCUUAAAUGAACUGCCUUUCGGCAAUUGCGUUCAUCAAUUGAUGAACGCAACAUCUUCGGAUAUGUUCGGAUCGUAAUUCAUUGCAUAACAAUAUACAUGAAAGUUAUUGAUCUUGUUAUUGGCUGUAUUAUGUCUGCAGGUCCCGUAAAAUAUAGAUCAACAUUUUUAAAAGUGUUAGUUUUUUAUAUUUUAAAUAUAUUGGUACCAGAAGUGUUAAUUUUACAUUUUAAAGUGAUUUCAAGAGGUUGAUCUUUUCCCGCGUUAUUGUGACGUAAUUUGAAAAUAAAUGUUUCCGGUUAGAGUCGGGUCGUUCUAUUUACAGAUUGGGUAAGAACGGAUUACUGAAAGGUUUUCUUAAAUGAAAUGAAGUAUUUUUUUAACAAUUCUUGAAUGAAAUAAUGAACUAUUGGUGUAAAUAUAAGGAAUGAAUUGCGGGGUUGAUGUCAUUAUCGGGGAUAUGAACGCAAUUGGGUUGAUCAAAGUACGCGUGGAGUCCU